AUGGCAAUUGGUGACUUUAAUUCUGUGUUGGGAGCUCAUGAGAAGUCAGGGGGUCCUCCUCCAUCUCGUAUUUCUUGCUUGGAGUUCCAGAAUAUGUCAGAUGCUUGUGAUUUUGUCCAUUUAGACACUGUAGGUGCCCGUUUUACUUGGACAAAUGGUUGUGGAACUAGGGUGCAUGUGGAGCUUCGAUUAGACAGAUUCCUUUGUAGUACUAGUUGGUUUGAAGCAUGGCCUUAUUCUAGUUGUAUUGCCCUGCCUCGGGUAGUCUAUGAUCACACUCCUUUAAUUUUCUCUGCUUCAAAGCUCUCCCCAUGUGGUCCAAAGCCUUUUCGGUUUCAGUCCAUGUGGUUGAAUCACCCUACUUUUCGUGACACAAUAGCUACAUGUUGGACUUCUAGUAAGUUUUGGGGCUGGCCGAUGUAUGUCAUUGUGCAAAAAUUGAAGGCCUUGAAAUCUUGCUUGCGAAAUUGGAAUAAAAUGGUAUUUGGGGAUGUCCAUCAGAAUGUUAAUAAGGCUCGUGAAGCUUUAUCUGCAAUUCAGCAGGACAUUGCUAUUCAUGGUAUGACUGACCAAAAAUUUGAAGACGAGGUUGAUGCAAAAUUUCGUGUUUUGAAUGCGGUCAAGAUGCAAGAAAGCUAUUGGAAGGAUAGAGCUCGAGUAAAAUGGCUCACGGAUGGGGAUCGUAGUACUUCAUUUUUCCAUGCCUAUGCCAAGGUUCGUUCUGCUAGUGCCCGUAUGUUUUCAAUUCAUGAUGGAGAAAGGAUUCUUUUUGAACCCUCAGAUAUUGUAGCUCAUGUAGUGGGGUUUUAUCAAAAUCUUUAUUCUUCCUCCUCUACUCCAAGGAAUCUAGAUGAGGUAUGCUCUGUUAUUCCUUCUUUGGUCACCAAUGCAGAAAAUGAUUGGCUUACAGUAAUCCCUUCUACUGAAGAAAUCAAAAAUGCUGUCUUUGCUAUGGAUGCUUCCAGUGCACCUGGCCCCGAUGGAUUUCCAGGUUGUUUUUAUCAAUCUUGUUGGGAUAUUGUCGGUUCAGAUGUUGUUGCAUGUGUAAGGCAAUUUUUUAUGCAAAAUUGGCUGCUUCCUAACAUAAAUUGCAACUUCUUGGUUCUUCUUCCAAAAGUUCAGGAUGCCCAUGAAAUUACUCAAUUUCGGCCGAUUACCUUAGCCAACUUUCUUUUCAAGAUAAUUCUAAAGAUCUUGGCUUCUCGUUUGGGACCAAUUGCUGCUCGUAUAAUAUCUCCAGAGCAAGGUGCUUUUAUUCCAGGUAGGCGGAUUACUAGUUGCAUUGGCACAGUGUCUGAAUGCUUUAAUCUCCUUGAUCGCAAGGCCUACGGUGGUAAUGUGGGGAUCAAAGUGGAUAUUGCUAAAGCAUUUGAUACGCUGCAUUGA